AUGCGGCUCCGCAGGCGCGCCGGCGAGGGCGGCGGGGACCCCGACUACGCGGCGGUGCUCGGCGCCGCGGGGCUCGGGGCCUUCGCGCGGCUCGCCCUCCCCGACCAUCCGCCCGAGGAGCUCGGGCUCGCCGCCACCUACGACGGCGCGUCGGGCCGCAUUUUGGUCUCCCUCCCCGGCGCCGCCGUCUCCGCUUCCCCCGCAGACCUCGCGUACGCCCUCGAGCUGCCGCCAGGCCCUGUUGGCCUCGCCGAGGGGUUGGAUGGGGCCGUGUUCUCCGACGCCGAGGCAAUCGCCGCCGUGAGUAUGUUCGUCCGCGAUCGCGUGAUUCUGGGAGGCGGAGGGGACGGAGGGCCGGCGUCGGGGGAGGCCGCCGCGGCGCUGCGGUUGGUGGAGGAAGGCAAGGCGUACGAGGUGGACUGGGGCGGGCUGGUGUGGGCUCUGGUGACGGGGGAGGUGGUGGCCGGGACGCCGCGGCGGUACGCGCCGUACCUCCUGCAUCUGAUGGAGAACCAAAGGCCGGAGCUUUUCGCCGAGGUUGACGGGAGGUUGCCUCUUCGGAAGAGACGAAGAGGCCAGGAAUUACAGCAAUGCCAGUGGGAUGAUGUUGGGUUCCUUGCGUUGGAUGAGGAGGAAGAAGAUGCCUCCUUGGUUUAUGGGGCGAGCCCGAACAUUGGGGACUUGGAGGACAUGCCGAUCUUCAGUGAGGGCAAGAACGCUGCAUUUGUUGGGGGAGAAGAGAUCUAUGCGCAGAGCCAAGGGGUUGCUGAUCUUGGACCACGGAAUUUCUUCUAUUCCGAUGUCAAGCUUUUGGGCCAUAAGAUGGAGUGUGACGACAGGCCAGGAUGUUGUAACCGGAAUUCUGCUAAGCAAGAUGACUUGACCCCACAGCGGGUGAUCUCUAUGACCCAAUAUCAACCUGAAUCAAAACCAAAACACAAUAUUGAAAUUGAAGAUGGAGAUGACAGCAAUGCCAAUGUGUAUGUUGGUCUGGAUAACUCGUCUUAUCUUCCCCAACUGCAAGAGGUGGGGGGCAUCUGCAAUUACCGAACACUUUCGCCAUUCCAAGCCCGUAUGCAACAAAUCCAAGGUUAUGUGCCUGCCAUGGAGAAUGCAUACAUGGAUGUGGAAAAGGCCUGCAGGGACACUCGAGAUGAAGCAGAGAGCAUUAAGAGAAUGGUGAUGGGAAAAAGCCACUUAAUUGCAGCUACUGUGAGUGAUAUACAAGAUGAGUUUAGAGUGAGGAGCACUAGAAUGUGCCAACUCGAAGCAAACAUGAAACUGAUGUGCCGCACUGUUCAACAAUAUGAAAAGUUACUUGAGAAGUCUUUGGCUGAAUUUCAGGAGUAUAGGAAUAGGAUAAUGCGCGGGGAAGGUGUUGACUCAUGUUCUGUGGUUCUUGGUGUCUCUGCUGGGCAGAAUCGCGCAUGGGUGCAACAAAUGCAUCAUUAUCUUUGCCAGAAGAUUAGUAAGAUUGAUCAAACAUGGUCUUUGAAUUCUUCGAAGCUUCUGACAAAGAUUACAGAAGUGGAGACAGGCAUGGUGAAGCUCAGUCAUGAAGUACAAAGACUAAAUGAUUCCAGAUCAAUACCAGACCUUAACAAUGGCGUGGAAGACAGUGGUGAGGGUGAGGCAUCCCUGAGCAAGACGGAGGACAGAUCUUGUGCAAGUGAAGGAUGUCAUGUCAGCAAUGCCACACAGGCAGGAAAGCAGCUUGUUGAAUUGGUAGCAAACUCUGAUCAAAGAAAUGACACCGGGGAGAGCAUGGAUCUCAAUUGAGUUCAACGCUGAAGCAUGCUAUGACGGUGCAGCCUCCCAGAGCACAAGCUAGGCAAAAAAAAAAGUUAUCUGCUUGCAUUUUGGUUGAACGCUUGGUCGUGUGCACCUUAGUAUCAUGCGAAAGUGCUGAUCAGAUUGCACCAGUGUUUUGUCAUGUGAACCUUAGAUAGUGGUAUAAUUAUACAAGGUUAUCCUAACUUAUUAGUGCGUAAGAAUGGUUUAACCAGUGGCAUGGGUGGUGCUGCGGUUUGGACAAUAGCUAGAAGUUUCUGCAUCAUGCUAUCUACCUUAUUAGUUCUGUUGAGUAUUGGCAAACAAUGUGUCCUGGCAUUGCCAGCAACAUAGGUGCAUCCUACUUGACCAUCUGAAUGAAAGCAGAAAUGUUUGUAUUCAAGGUAGUAGAUUGGUUUAGUUCAAGCAUUCUUUGUGAUGGGAUUUGGGAUUGGAGCUUGAAGUUGUUUCUGGUUCAUAAUUUUU